CGUCAUGGGUCGAUGGGAAUUUCAGUCACCCUCAACAACUUGUAGUUCAUAUAAGGCACGGCAGGAGGAGGAUGUGACUAAUCGACUUUCUCCUACAAAUAUUGACUGAGGCAAGGGAACCAAUUUAAUGUGAGCACCGACUUGGAGACAGGAAGCAUCACGUAUUGAUUUCACCCCAAGAACAAAAUACUAUUACCUGUUUAUGACAUAGGACAAUCCGUCCAGGAAUUCCGGCGGCUGCAUACCUGUUGGACACUUAAUCGAUGGGAUUAGAAGCGGUGAAUACACUUACAUGUUUAGCUUCGGUGGAAUUCUAAAACUUACGUGCUUAAUGUCCCCACAGACCGUGAGAAAUGAACUAGACAUUUCAGUAAAAGUACGUUUUGAUUCAGGAAGAACUCAAAACUGUGGUAUUUUGUGAAGCUACAGUUAUGUGAAAAAUAUUGAAUUGUUUUGUGGAUUAUUUCAAAAUUUGUACAUAUACAGGAACUAUUCUGGUUAAGACCGUGCUGUGUUGCUCCGGAUUUCGUUAUUAUUCUUAUUUGUGAUAGAUUUUCUUGGUAACUAUGGAUAUAAGACCAGCAACCCGAUCUGUAUCGACUUCAAACCUCCCACCAAAGAUGGGAGAAAAAGCAAAAACUGCACCUCUUCUCAAGUCAAACAGUUCUUACCUGCUGAAGAGGCAGAUAAGCACCAUUUCUGAGAAACAAAAGGAUGUACCGGUUUUCUCCGAGAGAUCUGGUCCAUCGUUUGUAGGAUUAUUGGCUUCCAAACGUUUAGCAAAACGGCUAACGUCCCGAAUUCUCGCCGGUCGUACAAGGAGCCUUCUAAACUCGCGCAUGUCCGGUCUUACUAUCCAGAAGGAGCCUUCGUACCGCAUGGAACCGAAAGAAUCACUAAAAUUUAAUUCCUCCAAGGUCGAGAAGAUCGCUAACAUGGUGCUAGAAGAUCGACUUGCCGAACUUAAAUACAACCCACGUCUCUGUUCAAAUAUCAGUCGCCUUAUUACAGAGGAAAUCAAGGAUCGGGUGAAGACACUAAAGUUUGACCGGUACAAGAUAAUUGUGAUUGUUUUUAUCGGCGAGAACAAGGACCAGGGUGUUCAGAUCUCCAGUCGGUGCGCGUGGGAUGACGAAGUCGACAAUUUUGCCACUUGCACUUAUAAAACUAACGCCAUUUACGCCACGGCGACAGUAUACGGUGUCUACAAUGAAUAGUGACGUCAUUGUGUAAUAUGCUCAUUUACUACGUAAAUUCGAUCUGUGAUAAGGUAAUGUGAAGGAAGUUAUUCUAUAUGCGUUCACAGGUUCUAUAAACGAGGUUAUCAACACUCUGGUUAGACAAUCUGUAUACAUUACAACCUACAAACACUAUGAAUGUUGGCACUUCACAUGUACUUUUGCGUUGUUUAUUUCUUCCUCAAUGUUGUAAUUAAGUAAGGCAUUUACAAUGAUCAGUUAAUGUUAGGACUGUGUAGACGUAUUUUAGCAUCGAUCAAGAUUUUAAUAUGACCUGAAAAACAAAUUAAGUCGACUUGAAGGAAAUUUCAUCAUGUUUUUUUUUGUUAUUAAUUGCAAAAUGAUGGUUGCAUAUACAUAUUACAUUGACGCAAUAUUGUAUCAUACUUAACGCAAAGUUAUCUUUUUAUCUUUUCUUUUAUUAAAAUUACAACAAUUACGAAAGCCAAUUGCAACCAUACCAUUGUAGUAUGGAGCUAUGAGAAUGUUGUAGUCAGAUUUAGCCGCAAAGUUAUCUUAUAGCAUCAGUGUAUUUCAAAGCAUAAGUGCAGCGAACUUUAACUUUGAUUGAAUUAUAUGAUUUUUUAUAGCAAUUUCAUGCCGAUUUGCAUUUGAUUCCCCCAUCAACCAACCCUACAUUGUUUUGUACAUUUGGCACAAGAAAUUGAAGUAUGAGUAUCAACAAGGUUAAAAUUUAACUACACUGACCCCAUCCGUCCAUAUUCAAAAGAAACUUUAUCAACUUUUCAACUUCAACCGAUACCUUUUAUUUGAAAGUGAGUAUUUUUGCGUAUUUUUCAAACAGUAAAGACAAAGUAGGAGAAGGACUUAUCACGUUAUGAAUCAGAAACAUCAAUAUUAGAGUAAUAAUAAAGUUUGUCAGAAUGAAAUAUUUGUUGCGCACGGAAUAAUAAAUGUUACUGAUUGAAUUGGAGUUGUUCCUUGCACGGCAGUUGAAUCACGCAACUUUUCCAAUUUGAUUUCAAACAGCUCAUCUUCGAUACUCCAUAGGUUACGCUCACUUUCGCCCUCUAAACCCUCGGAAUAUGUCAUAGCAAAAAUGAAGGCACACGGCUAGCUAUUGGAUUGGUCUCAGGUAAAGAAAAUCUGAUCAAUUUCAAGGCUGAUACCCGUCCAUUGAAGAUUUCAGAGGAGCUACUCGAUUUCAAAGGCAGUCAAUUUUACCGUUACGCGACCGACAGAUUCUUUUGUUGACGUCAGAGGAUCAAACUAGUCUUCUCGUUUCAUCAACAAGGCGGUGCACACCGAUACUUCGAUUUUGUCUUGACAUGUUCCAGGGGUACAGAGAGCGAAAGUGAGCGAAACCCUGGAGUAUCGAGGAUACAUAUUGCUAUGGUAAUAGAUGUAAGACACACACGUGUGAAUGUACUUAUACCAUUUGGUAAUAAAUACAGUAUGUCAAAAGUGAACUACAUAUUGCACCACACAGCUGUUACGUUCCCGUCCUUCUGGGAUUCAUCGGUGAUACUAUAUUCCGUCUUUGGGUUUUGCGGAGUUAUCUUCUCUU